GUGCUCGUGAUAUUGUCAUGGUGUAGCCGGGAUCAGAAUGCUUGUGAAGGUUCUGAGAGCAUUACCGGUUUGCCGGGUCAGUUCCGGUCCGUCGCUUUUGCCUUACAGAUGGUAUUGUAAGGCACAGUUGUCUCCGUGUCUGUCCGAGCGACUGCGUGUCUUUGAGUCCCUGCAAGUAAAGCAAGGGGACCAGGGGACCAGGAACGCUGGAGGGACGCUGAGAGUGAAGCUGUCAGAUGGCAGGACCCUGAUGGGGACAGCUGGAGUCACUACUCCCUUACUUGUUGCGCAGAAAUCACGAAUCAAAGGUGCAUUGGUGAGCACAGUCGACGGGGAACUGUGGGAGCUGGGACGCCCCCUAGAGGCAGACUGCGACCUGCACCUUCUGGGGUUUGACAGCACUGAGGGCAGACAGGUGGUGUGGAGGUCGGGGGCGUGUGUGCUGGCAGGAGUGCUGGAGGCACAGUAUGGGGCUGUGGUGGGCAGGGAGAGCAGUUCUGAGUCAGGCCUCUACUGCGACUACCAUCUGGAAAACAGCUCCUUCUCUUUGGGUGAGCUGGAGGAGAAGUGCAGGGAGAUGUCCUCCCUGAAGCUCCCAUUCUCCAGACUGGAGCUCAGCAAAGAUGAGCUGAAGGAGCUCUUCAAGGACAAUCAACUGAGACUACAGGUGAUUGAAGAGGAGAUGACUGGUCCCACUGCAACAGUGUAUAGGUGGGGGGACGCGGUGCACCUCUGCAACGGUCCCCUUCUCCCUCACACUGGAUACCUAAAGGCUUUCAAGAUGCUGCAGGUCUCGGCGGUGAAGGUGGCGGAGGAGGCGGGCGAGGCGGGAGCGCUGCGGGUCAUGGGCGUGUGCUUCCCGGGAGAGAGCGAGAGGGAGGAGUGGGAGAGGGAGCAAGAGCAGGCCCGGCGCCGAGAUCACAGACGCAUCGGCAAGGACCAGGAGCUCUUCUUCUUCAAUGAUGUGAGUCCAGGGAGUUGCUUCUUCCUGCCUAAAGGAGCGCACAUCUACAACAUGCUCACUGACUUCAUCAAGAGUGAAUACAGGAGGCGUGGCUUCAGCGAGGUCGUGACCCCGACCCUCUUCAGCACUUCGUUAUGGGAGCGCUCUGGCCACUGGGAGCACUACAGCGAAAACAUGUUCACAGUGCAGUGUCACCCGCACACCUUUGCGCUCAAGCCCAUGAACUGCCCAGCCCACUGUGUGAUGUUUGAGCAGCGGGUUCGCUCCUGGCGGGAGCUGCCCCUGCGCUGGGCUGAUUUCGGAGCGCUCCAUCGGAACGAGCUGUCGGGGGCGCUGGGCGGGCUGACCCGGGUCCGCCGCUUCUGCCAGGACGACGCCCACAUCUUCUGCACCCCGGAGCAGCUGGAGCAGGAGAUCACUUCUUGCCUGGACUUUGUGCGCAGCGUCUACACGGUGUUCGGCUUCUCCUUCCGCUGCCUCCUCUCCACGCGUCCCACCCCCUGCCUGGGAGAGCCGGCCCUCUGGGACAGCGCAGAGCGGCAGCUGGAGCGCAGCCUGCAGCAGUUUGGGGAGGCGUGGGAGCUGAACCCAGGGGAUGGAGCCUUCUACGGACCCAAGAUUGACAUCCAGAUCCGCGACGCUCUCGGCCGACAGCACCAGUGCGCCACCAUCCAGCUGGACUUCCAGCUGCCGAUCAGGUUCAACCUUCAGUACGUGGGGUCAGAUGGCGAGAUGUACAGGCCAGUUAUGGUCCACAGAGCGGUGCUGGGGUCGCUGGAGCGGAUGAUUGCUAUACUGGCUGAGAACUUUGGGGGGAAAUGGCCUCUGUGGCUCUCCCCAGCUCAGGUGAUGGUGAUUCCUGUAGGGGGCAGCACUCAGGAGUAUGCUCACCAGGUGGUAAGGAGCUUCCGGGAGGCGAACUUCAUGGCCGACAUGGAUGCGGAUCAGGGCGCCACCUUAAAUAAGAAGAUCCGCGCGGCCCAGCUGGCCCAGUACAACUACAUACUUGUGGUGGGAGACAGGGAGCGAGAGAACGAGGCGGUGAGCGUGCGGACGAGAGGAGGCAAACAGCUGGGGCAGAGGAAGCUGAGGGAUGUGCUGGCAUCGCUGGCCGAGCUGCGGGAAGCCAGGAGCAACCAGGAGGAGUUCUGAUCACAACCCCGCCGACAUGGAAAUGGAUCGCUUUCAUCAUGCAGUGUA